AUGUCGUCAACUAAGAAGCUCCUCACUGUAUUUGGUGCUACGGGUAAACAGGGCGGCAGUGUCAUCCGCACUGUCCUCAAGACCCCGACACUGAACGCCAAGUACUCGCUCCGAGGCAUCACUCGCGACCCCUCAAAACCAGCUGCGCAGGAGCUCGCUAACCAAGGUGUCGACGUUGUCCGUGCCAAUCUUGAUGACCCUGCCUCUCUGAAGGAGGCGAUCAGCGGCUCAUAUGGCGUCUUUGCUGUCACAAACUUCUGGGAGGCGGCUGACGGUUCAAAAGAGACGCAGCAGGGUCGUAAUAUCGUCGAUGCAUCCAUCGCUUCGGGCGUCCAGCAUCUCGUCAUCUCGAGCCUGCACAGCGUCGACAAACUCAGCAACGGCACACUCCACGUCUCACACUUUGACAGCAAGGCGGCUAUCGACGCCUACGCAGAGUCGGUACGAGGCGACAAGAUCCACAUUUCCUACUUCCAUCCAGCAUUCUUUCUUCAAAACUUUGAAGGCAUGGCACGAAAGGGUGAGGAUGGCUCGUACAGCAUUACCCUACCCAUCGAUCCCUCCGUCAGGGUUCCUCUGCUCGAUGCUGCAGCCGACACGGGCAAGUGGGUUGCCAGCAUCUUUGAAUCCGGAGCAGCCGCCAACGGCAAAACAGUACAGGCAGUCAGCUUUUGGACCGACUUGCAGUCUUUCAGCUCCGAUCUUGGCAGCGCUCUUGGCAAGAAGGUAACUUACAAUCACGUCACCGCUGACGUCUACAAGAGCUCCCUUCCUGAAACCGUUGCAGACGAGCUCACUGACAACAUGAAGCUCGUAGACCAGUACAACUACUAUGGCAAGGACACAGAGAAGGCGCAGCCCGAAAGCGAUGCUUUGCUGCUCAAGGAACUUGAGCUUGCCACUGUCAGCUCCUGGGUAAGCACUUUCAAGCUGCAGUAG